AUGGCAGGUCCGAUCCAGCAGCUCAGUGAGUCUACCGUGAUCCGCAGCCUCAGGCGGUUCAGGGACAGAUAUUUCCCAACCAGUGGUAAAGUUAACAACGAUGAUGAUGAUAAUGUGGGCAUGGACGAUGAAGAAUCACAGCCUUGUUAUUUGGACAGCUUACCGGUGGAUGUUCACUUCCUGAUUAUGACCUUUCUGUCUCCUGCGGAUAUCUGCCGCCUUGGAGCAACCAGUCAGUACUGGAGGGCCAUGGUUAGAGAUCCAUUGCUGUGGAGAUUCUUCCUUCUCAGGGACAUGCCCUACUGGCCCUCCAUAGACCAUUUGACCAUGCCCCAACUGGAGCUGUUGGAUUCACCACUAGUCAGCGAAAACGAGAUCCUGGACGAUACAGAAGAAGAGGGAGACCAAAGGAUGGAAUCAAAACUGGACUACAUGGCGGAAUACCUGAAAGGAUGCCCAUCCUGCAGACAAAAAUGGCUUCCUUCACGGCCGACAUACAAGGUUGUGACCUCGUUCCUCCAGUCUCUGGUGCCCUCAUCUGAGCCACGUUAUGCCAUGUUUGGCCCUGGCAUGGAGAAGCUGGAUGUCUCUUUAGUCACAAGGCUCAUGCGUGCCCCAGAUGUGCUUCCUGUCUCGGGCACUCCACACAGACAGAUAAAUGGAAUUGGUUCGGGGAUCAGUUACAUGUUCAAGAACCAGCACAAAUUCAAUAUCCUAGCUCUUUACUCAACCAAUAGGGCUGAGAGGGAAAGGGCCAGAGUGGAGCAGCAGAGUAUCAGCAGUAAGCUCUUCACUUUUGAAGGAAGCGAUGACUCAGGUUACCCAGUCUACAGCCCUGCUCCUCAUGUGCAACAAGUGUGCCAGGUGGUGGAUGGUUUCAUCUAUGUGGCCAAUGCAGAGCCUGGAAGAGAAGAGGGUGAGUCUGAGGCGGCUCAGAUCCGCGCUGUGCUGAGCUCCAUCUGGGGCUCUACAUCCAGGCCUCUGCUGGUGCUGUCGUGUGUCUCCAGGGAAGAAACUGAAGGUGCCAGCACCACCAGCCUACAUGCAAGUGCCAGCAGAAACAGGACUAGGUGUCGAACUGCCUGCGUUGACAUGGCAAAGAGACUCGGUCUGCCCCAACUGGCUAAUCCCUGGAUGGUGCAGGACACAGUAGCAGAAUCCUUGUCAGGACUUCUGGAUGGCAUUUCUUGGUUGCUGAGAUGCUCUGGAGUCAAACUCUAGAGUAGUUAAUUAGUAGCUACUCUAAGUCCAGUUGCUGCCAGAAUUAAAACCACAGAGCUCUUUGCUGCAUCAUCCUGACACCAGGACAUACUACAGCAUUUCCUGAGUAAUGUAAACCACAUGUGCACUGAAUGUCUCAGGGCUGGAGCUUUGCCCUUGGAAUUUAAUGAAUUGGAUGAGCAGCGGAAGUGAUGGGUCUGCCAGAUUAUUCAUCUGACAGGGAAGCCAUUCUUAUUUACAGAAAGAGUCAUAUGAAGGAGUUAUGGCAGGAUAGAAGAUUGUACAAACACCUGGGAGCUUCACAUUUAACCCAUAAACUGGUCUUGCCAAAUGCUGAGUAGUUCUAUGGGACAGCAGCGUAAUAAGUGCCUCCUUUGAAGUUAAAGUAAUAUUGGUUGCUGUGAAUGAAAGAACAUUGCUUGUUCAAUGCAGAAAAUCAAGAACACACAGCUACACAGCCUUUAGAAAUCCAAACAUAAAAAAGCAGUAAAAUCCCAAUUUGACUCAAUUUAUGACUCUCUCACUGUGAAAGCCCAGUAUUGUGUUUAACACUGGAGUUGUAGAUAUGUUUGCCAUGACAUUUUUCAAUGUUUGAUUGAUGGUUUGAAAAUGUCAAAAAUGAAUAUGAAGUCGUAAUUAUUUGCCAAGAACAGUAAAAAGUCAGUUUAUAUAAGCUUCAAACUCCACCUCCUUGCGAUCAAUGAUUGUGCAUGUACUAAAAUGUGUUUACUUUAUAUUAAAUGUUAUUUUAUAC